CGAGCAUUCUUUUGUUAAGACUUGAGAGCUUAUAACUACAAGUAUAGCAACUUCAUCAUUUCAGACAAAAUAAAAGUUUGUGGGUGUAUGUUUGUGCGCGUGUGCGCACGUCUCUCCUGUAUAUGCAACUACUUGUUAGAACAUAUAGCAAAUUAAGAUGGUGGUUGCCGCCGGAAGUGGAGGCGGCGCCGGCGUUGGAUGGUCCAACACGGGAAGCUUGACCCUGCGCGUCCUCACGGGGCGGUGGUUCAUGGUGUUCGCCUCCAAUCUCAUCAUGUCGGCCGCGGGGGCCACGUACAUGUUCGGGCUCUACUCCAACGACAUCAAAUCGGCUCUGGGCUACGACCAGACCACCCUCAACCUCCUCAGCUUCUUCAAGGACCUCGGCGGCAACGUCGGCAUCCUCUCCGGCCUCAUCAACGAGGUUACCCCGCCGUGGGUGGUGCUGGCCAUGGGCAGCGUCCUCAACUUCUUCGGCUACUUCAUGAUCUGGCUCGCCGUCACCCACCGCACCGCCACCCCUCCCGUUUGGCUAAUGUGCCUCUACAUCUGCGUCGGCGCCAACUCCCAGUCCUUUGCCAACACCGGUGCCCUCGUCACCUGCGUCAAGAACUUCCCCGAGAGCCGGGGAGUGGUGCUUGGCCUCUUGAAGGGCUUUGUCGGCCUCAGCGGCGCCAUCAUCACCCAGCUCUACCACGCGGUCUACGGCAACAACUCCAAGGCUCUCAUACUCCUCAUCGGGUGGCUUCCGGCGGUGACCUCGUUUGUAUUUUUGAGGACUAUAAGGAUUAUGAAAGUGGUCCGGCAAACGAACGAGCUCAAGGUCUUCUACGACUUUCUCUAUUUUUCCCUCGGCCUUGCUUUUUUCCUCAUGGCCAUGAUCGUGGCAGAGAAAAAGAUUGUUUUCUCGCGGGCCGCGUACGGCGGCAGCGCCGCCGGCGUGCUCCUCCUGCUCUUUCUCCCCCUGGCCGUCGUCGUAAGAGAAGAGUACAAACUAUGGAAGGAGAAGAACAAAACCGCAGACGCUCGCUCGCCGGUGCAAAUCGUAACAGAGAAGCCGAACCCGCCGGUGAGCAGUUUACAGCCACCGCCGCCGGAACCGCAGACUCAACAAGUCUCCUGCUUCAAAAACAUAUUCCGGCCGCCGGACCGGGGAGAGGACUACACCAUCCUCCAGGCGCUUUUCAGCGUCGACAUGCUGAUCCUUUUCAUGGCGACCAUUUGCGGCGUGGGAGGGACACUGACGGCGAUCGACAACCUGGGCCAAAUCGGGACCUCCCUCGGGUACCCGACCCAAAGCAUAAGCACGUUCGUGUCGCUAGUGAGCAUAUGGAACUACAUGGGUCGGGUCGUGUCCGGGUUCACAUCCGAAAUCUUCUUGACCCGGUACAAAUUCCCCCGCCCGCUCAUGUUCACCCUCAUCCUCCUCCUCUCCUGCGUGGGCCACCUUCUCAUCGCCUUCGACGUCCCCAGCGGCCUCUACGCGGCGUCGGUGAUAAUAGGGUUCUGCUUCGGGGCCCAGUGGCCGCUUCUCUUCGCCAUAAUUUCGGAGAUUUUCGGACUCAAGUACUACUCGACCCUGUACAAUUUCGGAUCCGUGGCGAGCCCGAUCGGGGCGUACUUGCUGAACGUGCGGGUCACGGGUCAUCUGUACGACCAGGAAGCCAGGAGGCAAUUGGCGGCUUUGGGGAAGUCCAGAAAGGCCGGAGAGGACUUGGACUGUAACGGGGUCGAGUGCUUCAAGCUGGCUUUCAUUAUAAUCACGGCAGCGACGGCUUUCGGAGCACUUGUUUCGGUGAUUUUAGUGGUCAGGACUAGGAAGUUUUACCGGAGUGACAUUUACAAGAAGUUCCGGGAACAGCCGGAAGCGGCGGAGACAGAAUUAGCUGCGGCCGGGAAAAGUGUGCGACCUGCCGAGGCUAAAGUCGGUUAAUAUGGAAUUAGUAGGUAACUGUAUGAUUUCAUAGGGGUCAAGUUGCAAAAAAAUAAAAUAUCCAAAGGUCUGGAACACAUACACGGACGAUUAAAAUAUGAGGAACUGUGUAAUAUAUUAUAUACACAGAUGAUCUAACUUGAAAUUUUAGCAGUUA